GCUUAUUAAUUUGUGUGGCCCCUCUCUGGUCCUUUUCCAGUUCCAAUAUAUAUUUUUUUGCGAUGUGGUGACCAGAACUGCAUGCAGCAUUCAAUAAGUGGGUAUAUAAUGGACUGAUAUGGUGGCAUUAUGAUAUUUUCUGGUUUAUUAUCUAUCGAUGUCCCAAUGGCUCCUAACAUUCUUUUUUGAUGGCCGCUGCACAUUAAGUGGAUAUUUUUAGAAAACUAUCCUUGAUAACCCCGAGAUCUCUUUCUUGAGUGGUAACAGUUACUUUAGAUACCAUCAUUUUGUGUCUAUCGUUGGGAUUAUGGUUUCGAAUGUGUAUUACUUUUAAUUUAUCAGCAUUUUUUUGACAGGUUACUCCCCAAUCUGGGGUGCCCCCUGAUGUACUGGGGUACCAGUGAGCCUGCUGUUCCAUCACUCCCUUACACUGUGCUGCUGAGCCAGGCCCUCAAGCCUCCUCCAACACACACACAGGUAGGGACACACCCAGCUGCGGAAAGACACAGACACUAAGAUCAGCUCUGCGUGGGAAGACUCGGCUAGGGAAUUGUAUUGUCUUGUGCUGCACAGAGAACUGUACAACGUAAGCUCAUGAAAUUUGCCCCCUCCUUCAAUGUAGAGGAAGGUACGCACAUCUUUUGUCCCCCCUCCCCCUGUUAUGAAUUCCACAAACUGGUUUUAAAGAAAAGAAAAACAAAUUUAUUAACUACAAAGGAUAUAUUUUAAGUGAUUAUAAGAGACAGCAAACAGAUCAAAGCAGAUUACUGAACAAAUAAAACAAACACAUAAACUAAGCAUAAUACACUACACAAACUGGUUACAAGUAGUAAUUUAUCUCCCUAAAUGUUGUUUUAGCUUGGGCUUUUCCAGCCUGGGCUCGGCUACUCUCCCCCACUUUUGUCUUCAUUUCUUAGAUGUUUCCAGCAGUCAUCGUGAACAUGGAUUCAGUGAAGACUGAACACUGAUUAAGUCAGUCCCCUGUCUUGAAUAGGUUUUACAUAUGGUAGGAAUCCUUUGUUUGCCACUGUGGUUCCUUUCCACCCCCAGUGGAAAAAUACUGGUAUUCUAUCAUGGAAUCUAGUACCAGGUGACUUAAUCACAUGACCCUGCAGUGUGAAAGCAGCCAUGAGUCAAAGGUUGUUUCUAGCAUCCCAGGAAGCUUCUCAGGAAGGUGGGAGAUUAGCAUCUUCAAAGUCCUUUUGCUCCCCCUUAGCAUUCUGUCUGGUGGGCAUUCCCCAGGUGUAAACCCACUUAUAAUUGUUACAUAGUCAAUAUUCCUAACUUCAGAUACAGAAAUGAUACUUGCAUACAGAUAAGGUAAUCAUAUUCAGCAAAUUAUAGCCUUUCCAAUGAUAUCACACCAGAUCCAUCUUGCACAAAAUACGUCUUUGAUAUUGUCAAGGUUCCUCCCCCACUCUGAAUUCUAGGGUACAGAUGUGGGGACCUGCAUGAAAAACCUCCUAAGCUUAUCUUUACCAGCUUAGGUCAAAACUUCCCCAAGGUACAAAAUAUUCCACCCUUUGUCCUUGGAUUGGCCGCUACCACCACCAAACUAAUACUGGUUACUGGGGAAGAGCUGUUUGGACGCGUCUUUCUCCCCCCAAAAUACUUCCCAAAACCUUGCACCCCACUUCCUGGACAAGGUUUGGUAAAAAGCCUCACCAAUUUGCCUAGGUGACUACAGACCCAGACCCUUGGAUCUUAAGAACAAUGAACAAUCCUCCCAACACUUGCACCCCCCCUUUCCUGGGAAAUGUUGGAUAAAAAGCCUCACCAAUUUGCAUAGGUGACCACAGACCCAAACCCUUGGAUCUGAGAACAAUGAAAAAGCAUUCAGUUUUCUUACAAGAAGACUUUUAAUAAAAAAUAGAAGUAAAUAGAAAUAAAGAAAUCCCCCCUGUAAAAUCAGGAUGGUAGAUACCUUACAGGGUAAUUAGAUUCAAAACAUAGAGAACCCCUCUAGGCAAAACCUUAAGUUACAAAAAAGAUACACAGACAGAAAUAGUUAUUCUAUUCAGCACAGUUCUUUUCUCAGCCAUUUAAAGAAAUCAUAAUCUAACACGUACCUAGCUAGAUUACUUACUAAAAGUUCUAAAACUCCGUUCCUGGUCUAUCCCCGACAAAGACAGACUAUAGACAGACACACAGACCCUUUGUUUCUCUCCCUCCUCCCAGCUUUUGAAAGUAUCUUGUCUCCUCAUUGGUCAUUUUGGUCAGGUGCCAGAGAGGUUACCUUUAGCUUCUUAACCCUUUACAGGUGAGAGGAGCUUUCCCCUGGCCAGGAGGGAUUUCAAAGAGGUUUACCCUUCCCUUUAUAUUUAUGACAGAUAUGCUAUAAUCAUAUUAUAACAAUAUUUCUAGGAAGAAUAUGGGGUGUAGAAUCACAAUUUUAUUAAACUUUUGAUCAAUUACCUGGAAGAAAAAAUGAUUGAUAAAGGUUGCAGAUGACACAAAAAUUGGGGGAGUGGUAAAUAAGGAAGAGGGCAGAUCACAGACUCAGACAGAUGUGGAUCACAUGGUAAACUGGGUGCAAGCAAACACUAUGUGUAUUCGUAUGGCUAAAUGAAAAUGUGUCCAUCUAGGAAUGACGAGUGUUGGCCAUUCUUACAGGAUGGGGGACUCACUCCUGGGAAGAAGAGACUCUGAAAAAGAUAAUCAGCUGAACACGAGCUCCCAGUGGGACACUGUGGCCAAAACAGCUAAUGUGAUCCUGGGAUGCAUAAACAGGGGAAUCUUGAACAGGAAGAGAGGUUAUUUUAUCUCUCUAUUUGGCACUGGUGUGACUGCUGCUGGAAUUCCAUAUCCAUUGCCGGGGCCCACAAUUCAAGAAUAAUGUUGAUAAAUUGAGAGGGGUCUGAGAAGAGCCAUGAGAAUGAUUAAAGGAUUAGAAAACCUGCCUGAGAGUGAGAGACGCAAGGAGCUCAAUCUAUUUAGUUUAAGAAGGAUAAGGGGUGACUUCACCCCAGUCUAUAAAUACCUAGAUGGGGAACAGACAUUUAAUAAUGGGCUCUUCAGUCACUCUGAUCCAAUUGCUUCAAGUUGACGCUAGACAAAUUCAGAUAGGAAAGAAAGUGUACAUUUUUAACAGUGAGAUUAAUUAAUGUUUGGAACAAUAUACAAAGGUUGUGAUAGGUUCUCCAUCACUGACAUUUUUUAAAACAAGAUCAGCAGGACCUGGGGAUUACAGUGGAUAAGAAGCUGGAUAUGAGUCAGCAGCAUGCCCUUGCUGCCAAGGCCAAUGGCAUAUUGGGCUGUAUUAGUAGGAGCAUUGCCUGCAGAUUGAGGGAAUUGAUUAUUCCCCUCUAUUCGGCACCGGUGAGGCCACACCUGGAGUAUUGCGUCCAGUUUUGGUCCCCCCACUACAGAAGGGAUGUGGACAAAUUGGAGAGAGUCCAGCAGAGGGCAAUGAUUAGAGGGCUGGGGCACAUGAUUUAUGAGGAGAGGGUGUGGGAACUGGGGUUAUUUAGUCUGCAGAAGAGAAGAGUGAGGGGGGAUUUGAUAGCAGCCUUCAAUUAUGUGAAUGGGGGUUCCAAAGAGGACGGAGCUCGGCUAUUCUCAGUGGUGGCAGAUGACAGAAAAAGGAGAAAUGGUCUCAAGUUGCAGACAGGGAGGUCUAGGGUGAAUAUUAGGAAACACUAUUUCAGUAGGAGGGCGGUGAAGCACUGGAAGGGGUUACCUAGGGAGGUGGUGGAAUCUCCAUCCAUAGAGGUUUUAAGGCCCAGCUUGACAAAGCCCUGGCUGGGAUGACUUAGUUGGGGAUUGGUCCUGCUUUGAGCAGGGGAUUGGACUAGAUGACCUCCUGAGGUCUCUUCCAACCCUAAUCUUCUAGGAUUCUAUGAUUCGAAAAGCUCGGCUCUAGGAGUUAUUUGGGGGCAGGUCUCUGGCCGGUGUUAUACCAAGGGUCAGACUAACUGAUCACAGUGGUGUCCUCUCACCUUAGAAUCUACGAACCCCCUAUGCUAACCUUACCCCCAUUACAACCUUAGCUUUGCCUGGGCACUGUCCUUGGCCAUCUGUUCUCGGCACAUUCAGUUACUAACAAAACAUGGAAGUUAAAAUUACAGUGGGCCUCCCCACCAUAAACCUUGGCUGUUGGACAUUUUUGUUGGUUUUCCAGGAUGCUCGUUAACAGGGCAAUUCCAGGUAGAGCAGACUGAGAACGGUCGCGCCCUGUUCGCGUGCAGAAUUUAGCAGCACUUGUUUCCUUGAGUGGUUCAUGAGGGGAUGGGUCACAUCUGUUCUCUCUUGAUCUUGAUCUGGGGAGGGCGGAGGCAGGAACCAUGUCUAUAAAAACCUGCCCCGGCACAUUCAUUCUCCAGCCGGGCUUUGGUUGGAGCGGUGGAGCCAGCUGAGUUUGGCCAAGGCAGAACCAGGCGAAGAUGAAUCAUGGAGCAUCUCUGCUCCCUCCUGGCCAUAGCACUGCUGGCGACGAGCCUGGUGCAGGGUGCUCCAGUGAGUCAGAAUCAGGCAGGCUGUGGCAAGCAGUCGGUCUCAGGGCGCAUCUUCAGUGGUCAAGAUGCCAAGGACGGGGCCUGGCCCUGGCAGGUCAGCGUGCAGCAAAACGGCUUCCACAUCUGCGGCGGCUCGCUCGUCUCUGAGAGCUGGGUGGUGUCAGCAGCUCAUUGCUUCAAUCUGUCCGUAGCCAUUUCAGCAUAUUGGGUGCAGCUGGGUGAAAAACGGAUUGUCAGUGAGACCCCAGCCGAGUCGUUCUCAUCGGUGAAGCGGAUCAUCCCCCAUCCCAAUUACAACAGUAGCACUCUCCUUGCCGACAUCGCCCUGGUGGAGCUGGAGAAGCCCAUUGCGUUCACGGCCUCCAUCAGCCCCGUGUGCCUGCUUAACGCCUCCAUCUAUGUGCCCGCUGGGAAACCCUGCUGGGUGACUGGUUGGGGGAACACUCUCCCACAAGCGGUUUAUAAGCCACCGGAGACACUGCAGGAGCUGGAGGUGCUCACCGUAGACUCCACGAUUUGCAACGAUCGCUACCGAGGAUUACGAGAGCCUUCAGGUUACAACCCUAUCAAAGAUGACAUGAUUUGUGCUGAGUACCCGGAAGGCUAUAAAGGGUUUGCUUGGGGUGACUCUGGGGGACCCCUGGUGUGUGAAGAAGGCGGGACCUGGUACCUUGCUGGGAUUGUGAGCUGGGGAAAGGGGAUAAAAUUGAAUGGGGUACUCAGUGUUGCCCCUGGUUAUCCUGGAGUCUACAACCGCCCCAAUGCCCACAAUGAGUGGAUCAAGAAGAACAUGCCUGGUGUGACUUUCGCGGAGGUGAACUUCACUCUGAUCAGCCCCCAACCAUCUACCACUGUCACUCCAAACAGUGCCAGUUCUCCUCCUACAAUCCCCAGGGUCCUUCUCCUAGCUGUGCUUCUGUGGCUGACUCUGUGACCCCCUCCUAGACUGGGUCCCCAUCCCACACCAGCCCUUUCUAACCCUUGGUGCAGAUAGACCAUGUCACCUGUGACACUAGACCCUAGUAUUCACACCCUAUACUCUAUUGUAACAAUCUCUGUGCAAAAUGCUCCUUGUGAGGGGGGAGGGAUAGCUCAGUGUUUUGAGCGUUGGCCUGCUAAACCCAGGGUUGUGAGUUCAAUCCUUGAGGGGAACAUUUAGGGAUCUGGGGCAAAAAUUGGGGAUUGGUCCUGCUUUGAGCAGGGGGUUGGACUAGAUGACCUCCUGAGGUCCCUUCCAACCCUGAUAUUCUAUGAUUUGAAAACUUAUAUAUUGCUGAUCAUUCAUAUCCUUGUGUGAUGUACAUAUGCAAGGGGUAUUACGGGUUAUGGACAUACGCUGGAAUGGUCACUAAAAGGAGUUCAAACCAGGUUUGUCAAGGGAGUUGUUAAACAGGUCUCUCCCAAAGAAAGGAUGGUGUGUUCAGCUCCAUUUCCAUACAAGCAGCACACGGACCCAUCAAACUAACAAGGGGUGGAGGCAAACUUCACACUCACAAGUGGGGAGAACACUGCCGGGUGUCUACACCUAGCAGGUGAGAGAUGCUUAGUCUGAGUUUUACUUUUCAGAAGAAUCCUUUGCGAAGAUUUACUGGGCUAUACAGAUGGGGUGGGGAGGGGGGCUGAACCUCAAGUGAUAAGCAACUUAAUCAACUUGCAAUUUUGCAACAGAAAAGCUUCAAAAACAGACUCCAACAAGAAACUGCUGAGCUUGAAUUAAUAUGCAAACUAGAUACCAUUGACUUGGGUUUGACUAGAGACUGGGAGUGGCUGGGUCAUUACACGUAUUGAAUCUAUUUCCCUAUGUUAAGUAUCCUCACACCUUCUUGUCAACUGUCUAAAUGGGCCAUCUUGAUUAUCACUACAAAAGUUUUUUUUCUCCUGCUGAUAAUAGCUCAUCUUAAUUAAUUAGCCUCUUACAGUUUGUAUGGCAACUUCCUCAUUCUCAUUCUCUCUGUGUGUGUAUGUAUAUGUAUAUAUCUAUCUUCUUACUAUAUGUUCCAUUCUAUGCAUCCGAUGAAGUGGGCUGUAGCCCACAAAAGCUUAUGCUCUAAUAAAUUUGUUAGUCACUAAGAUGCCACAAGUUCUCCUGUUCUUUUUACAGCAUAUGAUAUUCCUGCAUUAGAAGUGUGUGUGGAGCGAGGUCUUUUCUGAGUGUUAAUGCCAUGCCGGUGAUGAAUGUCAUUGUGAAAUGUCUGUAGUAACACUCUUGGCUUAGGUUAGGCUAAGCACAGGAAGGCUAGGAUGACAGGAAGUGAGGUCCAAAAGAAACUAGAAUUAGCCAGAUUGGAAGCUGAAAAGAGACAGAAAGAAGAUGAAAGAGAAAUGGCCUUAAAGCGCUUAGAGUUGGAAGUGGAGGAGAGGAAGGAGGCCAAAUGCUUGGAGGCAGAGGCAAAAUGCUUGGAGACAGAGUUAGAGCUGAAGCGCUUAGAUCUGGAAAGGGCUAAGCUGGGUCUACCAGAUAACCCUGUCAUAAAUAUAAAGGGAAGGGUAAACCCCUUUGAAAUCCCUCCUGGCAAGGGGAAAGCUCCUCUCACCUGUAAAGGGUUAAGAAGCUAAAGGUAACCUCGCUGGCACCUGACCAAAAUGACCAAUGAGGAGACAAGAUACUUUCAAAAGCUGGGAGGAGGGAGAGAAACAAAGGGGCUGUGUCUGUCUAUAUGCUGGUCUUUGCCGGGGAUAGACCAGGAAUGGAGUCUUAGAACUUUUAGUAAGUAAUCUAGCUAGGUAUGUGUUAGAUUAUGAUUUCUUUAAAUGGCUGAGAAAAGAAUUGUGCUGAAUAGAAUAACUAUUUCUGUCUGUGUAUCUUUUUUGUAACUUAAGGUUUUGCCUA